GAGCCAGUGUCUUGCUCUGAGGGUGGUGAGCACCACCUGCUGCAAAUCGCAACCUCUCAUACUGAUAUAUCUAUAUAUCUCGAAGAGAAGUUUGGGAAGAUGUCCUUGGCUUAAGCAUCCGGGUGGAGAUGGGGAGAACUCCAUGCUGUGACAAGGCCAACGUGAAGAAGGGUCCUUGGUCACCUGAGGAAGACACCAAGCUGAAGGAGUUCAUAGAGAAGUAUGGUACUGGUGGGAAUUGGAUUGCUCUUCCUCACAAAGCUGGCCUGAGGAGAUGUGGGAAGAGUUGCAGGCUCAGAUGGCUCAACUAUUUGAGACCCAACAUAAAACAUGGGGAGUUCUCAGAAGAAGAAGAUAGAGUCAUAUGCAGCAUCUUCGCCGCCAUCGGAAGCAGGUGGUCCAUCAUGGCUUCCCAGCUUCCGGGCAGGACAGACAAUGACAUCAAGAACUACUGGAACACCAAGCUCAAGAAGAAACUCCUAGGAAUCACUCCUUUCCAAAGGAAACCACAUCGACGGAACAAUCAUCAUCAUCAUCAAAACCAGCAUUUCUCCCCAUCACCAUCCUCAUCAUCACAAGGUGCAGGCUCUGAAAGCUUUCCUAUAACCUCCCAGGUCAUGCCCCGCUCAACCCCUGUGAUCUCUAGUGAUUUCUUUCAAGUUCCAUACCAUCAGUAUCAGAUGAAGAGCAGCAGUAACAUGAACACCGUCAGCAUCAUAAAAGAUCUGAACUAUGGCUAUGGCGGUGGAGAAGAGCAGAUGAGCAUCCACAAAGAGAGCAAAUUGUUCCUCCUCGGAGGAGGGUGUCAGGUGGAGACUGGACUGGAGUAUAGCCUUGAGGAGAUCAAGCAACUUCUGAUCUCCAACUCUGUGUGCAACAACAACAAUCACAAUCUCUAUCUGGAUCACCCUAUGGCCAAUGGAAAAAUGGAGAAUUCAAAGCUCCAACAUGCACCUGAUUUCCGACUGUGAAACCCAAAAAGAUCACAUCUUUGUUUUGAGGCUGUCUCAGCAUUAAUCAUAGUAUUACGAAUGCCUCGAAUUCUCACGCUAGAUUUUCGUUCAUCUCAUUUCAGACCCAGACAAUUGAACUUUCUAACACAAAAGAGUUUGAGGAUCACAU